UAAUUAAUAAAAAUCUCAAUCCUAAAUCUUGUCACUAAUGGAGAUUUAUCACUGAAAAAUUUUCUAUUGUACAUAGCGUGACAUUUUAAUUUUAACCACCCUGUAUGUAAUUAAUUAAUACUCAAACAAUACUUCAUCCUACAUUGAAAGGAAGAAAGAGCUCUUAGAAUUGGAUUAGGUUGCGUAAGCAAUUCUUAAAGUUUGUAUUUACUGAAUUCAUUUCGUACGAGUCGAAAAAUGGAGGAAAAACGACCACCCCCAUCAGAAAUACGGAUUGGAGAGUAUUCGCCUCCCGAGAAGGAGGAAGGGGCGCAUGAAUCUGUCGAACCCCACUUACACUUUUCCUACCGGGGAAGGGUUGCCGUCAUCUCCGUCUUGUACUGUUUUAUAAUGUUUCUCAUCCCAGCUUCGUUCAUCCUUUCCGCAGUAUACGUCGUAGUUGCAAAAGAUUUCUAUAUAAAUUCUGCCACACCGGUUGAUUCUACUUCUCCAGACUAUGAUGAAUUCGAUGCAGUGAUUCCAUCAAUCUCCACCGGGGAGGAAAUUAGCCAAUCAAAAUCUCCAUGGCUAACCCCCUUUGAGCAGGAAUAUUUCGCGUUUUUCUCCAAAUUGUGCAGCAACGGCGGACUUAAACCCGAUGCUGGCAGCGAUGUAAAACUAUUCGGGUUUACCCCGGGCUAUUUCGCCCUAAUUUACUUCAUCAUGCAGUGUAUCCUGGGCGGGAAACUUAUGCAAGGAGGAAGAGACUUACAUUACUGGAAACUUCAGGCAUGGUGGGAAGGUCAGCUCGGGAUUUUUUUGGUGUCCGUUUAUCUAAAUGUCUGCAUUCUGGGACAACAAGAUGACAGCGUCACCGCCUCCUCUCGCCGACUAUCUCUCGCCCUCAUGGCCCUUGCCUUUUUCACCUAUAUUUCCUACUUUGUCAUGAUUUGGACAGUGUAUCAAUUCACGAAGGAGAUCAAGUUGAAGGGGGUAGUGCCCCCUGACGGGAAGAAAAAGUCCGUGGAGGGCCGUGCAGUGGUCGCAUCGCAGUUUACAAAAGAUCUACAGGCAAUACUGGACUGGUUGAAUAAUGCCCGGCUCAAUAAUAACGGGUUACAUCCUGUCGUAUUGAGAUGCAAUGUGAUCGCUGCCAAUUUGGUGGAAAAAAUGGUUAAAUUCGGGAAUAAUAUGGAUGAAUCCGCGCCACCGAGGCAUUAGGUAAAAAGCUACUUAUACAUAAGACCCGGAUUCCAACAUAGUAUUCCGACUCAUUUACCAAAAACACAUGCGAAACAUGCAUACUUUUAAGAAGAUUUUAUUCAAAUAAAAUGUGAAUAUACCAGUUUUGCCAAAA